AAGUCCUAAACCCAUCUCUACUGGCUGACACGGCGAUAGCGAUAGAGUCCCAGGGGCCGCCCCGCCGGAGUCCGGACACCACACGCUCCCUUCCUGACCCCUCACAAGAAUUCGAGAGCACCGACGGAAAGGGAUGACCGCCGCCUCCACCCUCCCUCUGCGCCUCCCGGCAACAACCCUCCCUUCAUUCCCCAGGCAGCCGCCCUGUCCUCCUGUAGCCCGCCUGCGCCUCCACCCCCGACGCCGCCCGCUGCUCCGUUGUGCCGCGGUAUCGGAGCUCGCGCAGGCCGCCUCCGUCUCUUACGGCGUCCUCCUCCUGGGUGGCGGCGCCUUCGCAUAUGCGCGGUCAGGGAGUAAAGGUUCCAUCUAUGGAGGGUUGGCUGGAUCUGCGCUUAUGGGCAUCGCCUAUUAUCUGAUGCAAUCAGCUGAGACAAAGGCAGCAGGCGAUGCUGUUGGAUUUGGAUCUGCCUUUUUAUUUGCCUGUGUUUUUGGUAUUAGGUUGUACAAUAGCCGGAAACUGGUGCCAUCUGGUCUUCUUCUAGUCCUUUCUCUUGGUGCCUUGGGUGUCUUCUAUUCUGCUUACUUGCAAGACAAGGUGUAAACCAAUUUGGGUUAGUAGUUUAGAAUUUUGUACCAUAUGAAGCUUCCUUGCUCUUUUAGAUGUAGAACUUGGGACCAGCUAUCGAUGAUCUUUCCUUUGCUGCAGUGUAGUCGUAAAUCGUGACAAACAGCUUUUAAUGUUGUCUAUUAGUUGCCAGCGAUAAGUAUGCCCAAGCUUUCAGUCACCAGUGUGCUGAUUGCAGCUUUGUUCGUGAGCUGAAUGUUUGAGAACUUAUAAAUUUUCGGGCUGUCGUUGCCUAGGA